CCUCCCUCUCUCCACCUCUCGCUCCUGUUCACUCUCUCCCCCUCCCUCCAUCUGGAUCACUCCAUCUGUGAGCUCAGUAGCAGUGUAUCUCUCUGUCGUAAGGGGCAGCUUCAUUCUCUGUUGCAGGAUGUCGGGCCCUCGCACCAGCUCCGUACUGCUUCUCAUCUGCGUGGCUUUAAUCCAGAGUUCCCUGCUGGAGUCCAAGCCCCUCUCUGCCAUGCAUGGGGGCGGAGCUGCACGCCUCCGUCGUGACCUGCGUGAUGCGUUGCCUUAUGAGGCUCAGAUGAUGUCAUACCCUCCUGCUGGAUUGAAUGGGCGGGGCAAUGAUCUGUACUACCAGCCAGAGGCCUUGCGAGCACAGGGGCUGGGCCACGCCCUACAUCGCCUGGAGAACGAUCAGAGGCAGGAGCAGGAGGCAGCCUACCUGGCAGGUAUACUGCGCCUCCUGAGCGAGGCUGAGAAUAACGCCCAAGCCAGACCAGAGGAAGAUGAAGAGCAGGUGGAAGGUGACUUCCAGGAAUCAUACCCACCAGACUAUGAUGAGACAGAGCAGACAGUGAGCAUGGCAAAACCCCAGGCACUGCUGGACCCCCAGCUCACUGAGGCUCUGCUCAGCCGAUACAGGCAGGAGCGGAUGCUGCAGGCAGGGCAGGACCAAGACCAGGAGAUGCUUCGGAUGCUGGUGGAGAAGGUCCUCUCAAGCCUGGUGUCUCAAAAUCAGCUGAAUCCAUCCAACCGCCGAGGCAAAUGGGAAGUGGCAGCAGCAGCCAGCAUCGGACGUGACAGAUCGACACCUCUGAGACGAGCUAGGCGCUCUCUAGACUCCUCCACCGCCUCCUCCCCUGAUGCUGAGGCCUCACUCAUGCGGGUCAAGCGAGUGGGCGAUGAAGACCAUGAUGAUUUUGCUGGUCAGAACAACCGCUCACCUCACGCUGGCCUGCAGAGGAUGAAGCGCAUCGACACAGAUCUGCCUCCACCCGCUAAGCACAGCCGCAAACGCCGCUCGGUGACCUACGACCCUGAGCUCAUCGCUCAGCACAUCAUUCAGUACCUAAGAAAGUGAGAGAGUGAGAGAGGGAGAGAGAGAGAGAGAGAGAGAGAGAGAGAGAGAGAGAGAGAGAGAGAAAGAGAGAGAUAGAAAGAUUG